CGCCAUGGCGGCGCCGGGCGCCUACCGCUGCAUCGAGUGCAACGGGGAGGCGGCGGAGCUGUAUCGGGACUACCGGCGCGGGGUGCUCCGCAUCUCCAUCUGCUAGUACCUGAAAAUACUGACACAUCAUGGAGAGAAACCAACCAACAACCCAAUAUUUGUUCCAUAUGAAAUCCUGCCAGAAACCUGUGGACAAAUAUAUCGAAUAUGAUCCUGUUAUCAUCUUGAUUAAUGCUGUUUUAUGUAAAGCACAAGCAUACAGGCACAUUCUUUUCAAUACAAAGAUAAAUAUUCAUGGAAAGCUCUGCAUAUUUUGUUUGCUCUGUGAAGCUUAUAUCAGGUGGUUGCAGCUACAGGAUUCAAGCCAAAACACAGAUCCUGAUGACUUAAUCAGAUAUGCCAAAGAAUGGGAUUUUUAUAGAAUGUUUUGCAUAGCUUCUUUAGAACAAACUUCAUUUUUCAUUGGCAUUUUUAUUACCUUAUGGUGGAUGACACCUGAAAUGCUGAAAAGAAAGUCUGACUUCAUUUUACUCCUCAAAGCACUGCUGUUGUCCACCUAUGGAAAGCUUUUGCUAAUCCCAGCUGUUAUUUGGGAACAUGACUACACACCUUUGUGCCUUGCAUUUAUAAAAGUGUUUGUCUUGAUAUCAAACUCUCAAGCAAUUAGAGUUACAUUGAACUUGAACCGAAUACUCCCUUGGUUUGCCAUCUUCUUUGGAUUAAUUUUGGAAAAUGGUGUGGUCUGCUUGUUUCAGAAAAUGGGAUGGGAUGUUUGAAAUGUCAGCCCAGAUAUGAAGACAUACCAACAACAUGAUGGUCGUUUUCUAAGAAUGAUUUCUGCCAGCAGGCUCCAAAGACACUAUUUUCAUAAUGAUAAAAAAAGUGAUAGAUAACAAAAACUUGCAUUAGUUGUGCAUUUAGACAGUUUCAGGAUGAGAAACUUCAGAAGUUUGGCUCUUUAUUUUGAUGAGCCAUAAAACUUCUGCCUUAGCUUGUUUAUUUUCUCAUUAAAAAUAGGAAUGUGUCACCAUCCUAAUAGUUUUAUAAAUCUGCCUACAUACCUAUGGCUGUAAGAAAACAGGUAAACUUAAAAAACCUAGCACUUCUACCAAUCAUUUUGGCAUGAAGAGGAGGAUGAAUUGUUCCCUUUAGAGGAAGAGAAGCAGUGGAAAAAAUGUAAAAGCUAAAAUUUAUAUUUCCACAAAACCAGAUUUUCAAAGAAACAAGUGAACAUGUGCAAAUAGUUUAUUAGAGAAAAGGCAAGUAUUGCACAGUAAAACUUCAGCGGGAAAACCAAGGAACAUUCUCUGGAAUGUUUAUGCAACACUCCAAAAUAAUAAAAUAUCUAGUUCUAAAGUAAUCUCUCGGAACUAUAGUUCUAACUGGCUUAAAAUUUUAUGUGAUCUCAUAAAUGCUGCUCCUUUGUUUUGAAAGCUGAAAAGAGAGUGAAAGGACUCUGACCCCCAAAGUACAUGGUUGUUCGGGAUACCGCUACUUCUGCAUUUAAUAUUGUCACAUCCCCCACACCCAGCCCUCAUCUGGCAGCAACUUUAGCAGAAGCAAAGAGUGAAAUAUGAGGCUGUUCAGCAACAAAGUAGUACUUUAAAAAACCAAACAAAUGAACAAACAUGUUUAGACCUAAAUUAGGGAAGAAACAUUCAUAAAAGUUCUGCACCUUUUUCGUCAGCAAGCAAAGAGAGGGCUAGAUGGCCCAUAAAGGAACUGGCAGAAUCAGUUUCCACAGGACAGUAAUUAGGACACAAACCCACUCCUUUUGUGCAAAGCAGUUUGCAUUACAUUCCAUCCAAUGUUUAAUUCUCCUGCUUCAGUUCGGAGAGGCUGCACUAUCCAUAGAUAUUACUUCCAUUCUUAAUUUUCUUCAGAUACUGUCUCCUUUCUCUGUU